CGGUAAAGACAGGAGCAUAUCUCAAUGACAUAACAAUAAACAAAGUCAUUCUAUCCCUCCAUGGACUACCACGCUUGUCCACACUAUUGCUUGUGUGCCCCCUGCUGCUUUCUAUGACUCCCUUGCUAACAAAGGCAAGGCCAACUCCCGCUGUCCAUAGCCUCCGAUGUUCCUCAUGGCCUUUUCGUUUUCCUUCCAGCGGAUACAUUGCUCCGGGACUCCUGCGCAUUCCCGCGGCCGAUGUGCUUUGCCGAAAAGCCAAACUGUGCGGGUGGAAACCAAAGGGCACCCGAAGCCAGAGUGCGCCCGAAACCAAAACCGGCUCCCAGAGACUACCCGGGCAAACAGACGAACAAUCUGUUGGAAACCCCGAGAGGCUUCUCGGCAUGCUCGUACCUUCCCCUACCCCCACCCCCCUGUUCCCUUCCUCCACUGUUUGUCGGUUUCGUUCGUUCGUAAAAUGGUUUGUCAGCUCACGUGCUAGUUAGCUUUCCUUUGUUAGUUUCUGGGAGUGCGCUUUGGUUCCGGGCGCACUUUUGGCUUUUGGGAAAGCGCUGGGCGACGGGAGUGCGCACAGGGUUUGGAAUCCGCCGGGAGGCGUGGAAGGAAAGGAGCAUGCCGGAGGAGGAGCGGGGAGGUAGCGCAGGCGCGGAAGGACGGCGCGGAAGGACGGCGUGGCGGCAGCGGGGGCCGGAAGGAAAGUGGCGGGCGAGUAUGUCUUUCCUUUGUUAGCGGCUUGUUUGCGAGUUGGGGAGGAAAGAAAGACUUAGCGAGAAGGACUAGAGAGCAUAGUGAAGUUUGUUCUUUUCUUAGCUUUUGUUUGCUAGUAUGUGGGGGACUCACUUCGGGGGGAGGACUGGAGGACUUGGUUUGUGGGUUUAUCGUUUAUCGCUGUCGUGAUAUAUACUCCUGUCCCUACCGUUAGUUGAUGUUAGUUGGUUGCGCGCAAUAGUGAGUAGAGAAUAGAGGGAGAGAGUGUGUU